CUGAGCCGGGCUGCAGCCUGGGGCCUCCGUCCCGCCUGGGCUCUGCGUGCUCCUGCUCAGGCUGGGUGCUGGCUGCCCCCGCUGUGGCCCGGGCGUGGCGCUGCUCCCUGGGGCUGCAAGGUGGGGUCGGGCAGUGCGUUCCCGCACCCUGGGUUGGGUCGUCUGGGUCCUCCCACCCACGCCUGGGCCAUGAAGACUGCACUCGUGUACCACGAGGACAUGACGGCUGCCAGGUUGCUCUGGGACGAUCCCGAGUGUGAGAUCGAGGGUCCUGAGCGCCUGACCACAGCCCUGGGACGCCUGCAGCAGCGGGGCCUGGAGCAGAGGUGUCUACGGCUGACAGCCCGAGAGGCCUCGGAGGCAGAGCUGGGCCUGGUGCACAGCCCAGAGUAUGUGGCCCUGUUGCGGGGGACCCAGGCCUUGAGCACGGAGGAGCUCCAGGCGCUGUCGGCGCAGUUUGAUGCUGUCUACUUCCAUCCGAGCACCUUCCGCUGCGCCCGGCUGGCCGCGGGGGCGGGGCUGCAGCUGGUGGACGCGGUGCUGACCGGGGCCGCGCACAACGGGCUCGCCCUGGUGAGGCCUCCUGGGCACCACAGCCAGAGGGCCGCCGCCAGUGGAUUCUGCGUGUUCAACAACGUGGCCAUAGCGGCCAAACACGCCCAGCAGAAACACGGGCUGCACAGGGUCCUCAUUGUUGACUGGGAUAUCCACCACGGCCAGGGCCUCCAGUAUAUCUUUGAAGAUGACCCCAGCGUCCUUUACUUCUCCUGGCACCGUUACGAGCACGGGCGCUUCUGGCCUUACCUGCCCGAGUCCGCGGCCAACGCUGUGGGGCAGGGGCGGGGCCGAGGCUUCACCGUCAACCUGCCCUGGAACCAGGUCGGGAUGGGGAACGCUGACUACGUGGCUGCCUUUCUGCACCUGCUGCUCCCCCUGGCUUUUGAGUUCGAUCCCGAGCUGGUGCUGGUCUCGGCAGGAUUCGACUCAGCGAUCGGGGAUCCCGAGGGGCAGAUGCAGGCCACGCCAGAGUGCUUUGCCCACCUCACGCAGCUGCUGCAGGGGCUGGCCGGCGGCCGGGUCUGCGCCGUGCUGGAGGGUGGCUACCAUCUGGAGUCGCUCUCCGAGUCCGUGUGCAUGACGGUGCGGGCGCUGCUGGGCGACCCCGCCCCUCUGCUGUCGGGCCCGAUGGUGCCGCUCCACAGUGCCCUGGAGUCCAUCCAGAGCGUCCGGGCAGCCCAGGCCCCUCACUGGAUGAGCCUGCAGCAGCAAGACUCAGCCCCUGCCCCGAGCCCCAGCACCCGCCCCUCCGAGGGGAGGGCCUCGCCUCUGCUGCCGGGGGGUCCCGAAUCCGAGGCUGCAGCAGCCCAGGCCAUGGCGGCACUGAGCGCCCUCUGGGACCGGCUGCGCCUGCACCCCACGCCGCCUGUGCGCACGGCUGUUGCUCUGGCUCCCCUGGACGCUGCCCUGGUCCUGCCCCUGGACAUCCUCCAUCAGGAGGGGUUGCGCCCGAAGGAGGAGAUGCAGGCCUGGGCCAGGCUACACGAGGCCCUGGCCAAAGACGAGGCUGUCACUGCACUUGGGAAGAUCCUGUCCCUCUUGGAUGGGAUCUUGGAUAGGCAGGUGAGCAGCGGCCUCGCAGCCACCCCGGCCGCAGCUGUAGCUGCCACCCUGGAUGUGGCCAUUCAGCACGGCCUUUCUCGGGGAGCCCACAGGCUCUUCUGCGUGGCUGUGGGACAGCUGGAUCGGCCAUCGGACCUUGCUGAUGAUGGGAGGACCCUGUGGCUGAGCAUCAGGGGCAGGGAGGCAGCUGCCCUGUCCAUGUUCCAUGUCUCCAUGCCACUGCCAGGGACAACUGGUGGGUUCCUGAACUUUGUCCUGGCCCUGGUGCUGCCGCUGGCCUAUGGCUUCCAGCCUGACCUGGUGCUGCUGGUACUGGGGCCAGCGCACGGCCUGCAGGACCCCCAAGCUGCACUCCUGGCUGCAUUGCUGCGGGCACCGGCAGGGGGCCGAGUCUUGGCCCUUGUGGAUGAGGAAUCUGCGCCCCAGCUGGUAGGCGUCCUGGCCCAGGUGCUGCAUGGAGAGGCACCCCCCAGCCUGGGCCCCUUCUGCAUGGCCUCCCCAGGGGACAUGAAGGCCCUGAUCCACCUGAGAAGGCAGCUGGAACCUCAGUGGAAGAUGAUGCAGCUCCCGCCUGAGUGCCUGACCUGGCUGCUUGACAUCGGCCAGGGUGGGGGUAUUUGCACCCCGGAAAUGACACCGCAGACCGGAGACUGGCGUUAAACAUUCACCAGCACACUGGGGCCUCGGUCCCGACGUCCCUCCGGGCGCUGGUUCGGGGUGCGCUGUCCGCGGCUGCGCCGGGGACCCGCGCGCCAGCCUCCGCACGGAAGGCCCCGCCCCGGCUCCCUCCG